AACACUGAAAAACAAAACAAAGGAAAAAGAAACUUAAAAGAUAAGAGCAGAAUCUCAUAUUACAAAAGCUAAAGAUAAGAGCAAUAAAACCCAUAUACUUUCAUGAUUUCAUCUCUCUUGCCUUAAACUCUUGGUAGAGUCUUGUGCUUAAAAUUUUCUUAACUACUAAAAAAGAAUCCACUUUGCUUGAAACUCCAAAAACAAGAGAGUAAAGCUGGAUAAUAAUUUGAGAUGAUCACAUGUUGUUCAGUACACCUAUGUUGUCUUUGACUCCAUCUCAUAAUUAAUGGGUUGAUGAAAGUUUUUUUUCUUUUCUUUUCUUUUCCUUUCCUUUACUUUUUUUGAUAAAGAGUUUGAUAUGAUAUGAUUGAUUUUUAUUUUUCUUUUCUUUUAUGGUAAGAAGUAAGGACAGAAAGCAAGAUAGAUAGAUAAACAUAGAGAGAGGCAUAUGCUUAGUUCAUUGAUACUUGAAGAAGCAAUUGUUAGGUAAUUGGGAGAUAUGUCAGGUGGUGGGUGUAGUAUAGUUUGGUUUAGAAGGGAUCUAAGAGUUGAGGAUAAUCCUGCACUUGCUGCUGGUGUAAGGGCAGGUGCUGUAAUUGCAGUGUUUGUAUGGGCUCCUGAAGAAGAAGGCCAUUAUUAUCCAGGAAGAGUAUCAAGAUGGUGGUUAAAACAAAGCUUAAAUCAUCUAGAUAGUUCUUUGAAAAGUCUUGGUACAACCCUUAUUACUAAAAGAUCAUCUGAUAGUGUUUCAUCUCUUAUUGAGAUUGUUAAGUCUACUGGUGCUACUCAACUCUUCUUCAAUCACUUAUAUGAUCCAAUAUCGCUAGUGAGGGAUCACCGUGCUAAGGAGCUUCUGGCUGAUUGUGGCAUAUCUGUGAGAUCGUUCAAUGCAGAUUUGUUGUAUGAACCAUGGGAAGUUAAUGAUGAUCAAGGCCAACCAUUUACGGUCUUUUCUGAUUUCUGGAACAGAUGCCUUAGCAUGCCUUACGAUCCAGCUGCGCCAAUGUUACCACCUAAGAGGAUAAUAUCAGGUUUGUCCUCUACUCUUCUCCAAAAAAUUUAUGCAUUUUUUGUAGUUCAGAAAAUUCUACUGCUCAGCAGUCGGCUUGAUUUGUUGAAGGACUUGUUCCAAGUACUGUUUCUAUUUAUACUUGAUUUCAUCUUCAAGUUUGACCCCAACGGAGAAUACGUCCGACGUUGGCUUCCGGAACUUGCUAGACUGCCUACCCAAUGGGUACAUCAUCCAUGGAACACGCCAGAAUCAGUACUUCAAGCUGCUGGGGUUGAACUAGGGUCAAAUUAUCCUCUUCCCAUUGUGGGAUUAGAAGCAGCAAAAGCCCGGUUACAAGAAGCACUAUCUGAUAUGUGGCAACAAGAGGCAGCCUGGAGAGCAGCAAUUGAGAAUGGAACUGACGAAGGUCUCGGUGAAUCUAUGGAAUCAACACCCAUUGCGUUUCCUCGAGAUAUCCAGAUGGAGAUCGAUAUUGAACCUACUAGAAAUAACAACAACAACACUACACCUAUGGUCAGGCACCAAGAAGAUCAAAGAGUCCCUAGCAUGACUUAUUCAUUUCUAAGAAUUGAAGAGGAAGAAGAAUCUUCUGUUGAUCUGAGAAACUCACCUGAAGAAACCAGAGCAGAAGUACCGACAAACAUGAAUAUGGGUAUGGAUACUCGUACAGAAGAACCAAACCAAGGAGGUGUUCAAGUGGUUAGAGCCGUUGUUAACAAUGCCCGGCGGUUUGACAAUUUCGGGUUGCAACUGCAAACUGCUGAUUCCUCCACAGCAGAAUCUUCAAGUAGUAGCAGAGAGAGAGAUGGGGGUGUUGUUCCAGUUUGGUCUCCAUCUUCUAGCUUUUCAGAGCAAUUAGUGGUUGAAGAAAAUGGUAUAGGCAGUGGGUCUUCUUAUUUGCAGAGACAUCCUCAAUCACACCAAAUAAUCAAUUGGAGACGACUCUCACAAACAGGGGGAAGAAGCUGGGAGAUGGACAAUAUGGUGCAGCCUAAUGCGAUCGGCUAAGAUCAUAAGUUGACCGAUUACCUCAUUUUGAAUGACUCCUGUCUCUCUAAUCUGCUGGUAUAGAAGAUGUUAAUCUUUAUGCCAAGUUUAGACAGGUAGUCUUAACUUCAUUUACUGCCCUCUCUUUUUGUUUUCUCUGUACCAUAUAUAGUUCUGUAUAGUAAUUGUUAUUCGCAUAAGGUGAGAGAUGAGUGUGUUAUAAGAAAAUGAUCAAGUGUAGCUCUGUAAUAAACCAGGUUAAUGUUUUCUCCAUUACUUGAGAAGACAUCUAUUCUCUUUUUUAACAGUUCCGCUGAGCUCUGUAAUAAACCAGGUUAAUCUUUUUCAACAUGAGAAGUUAUCAUGUUGAAAUAACA